GCACAGUGCACUCAGCUUAGUGGUUGAACUUGAGCUUUUUACCCCUCAGCUGUAAAAGGCUCAUGUGGUAGUAUUAGGGGUGGGGGAAAAAAUCGAUACUGCGUAGUAUCGCGAUAUUUUGUUUGCUAAUAAUGUAUCGAUACAGGGACAGCAGAGAUCGAUAUUUUGUUCCAAAAACUUCCAGUCCACCAGAUGGUGCGGUUGAGCUUUUUCUCUAGUAAGGUCAGCAGAGGUUAGGUAAGCACAUGGGAAAAUUGAUCAAACAAAGAUGGAGGAAGAGAAAGAGAUCAGGAAAGCGCCAUCUGCGUUUAAAUCAAACGUCUGGACAUACUUUGGAUUUUUUAACAAGGAUGGAACAAAUGAGAUGGAUAUGACACACGGGAUUUGCAAGGUGUGUCGUAUGAAAAUAAAGUACUCUGGGAAUACUACGAAUAUGAGGGCCCAUCUUACACGGCACCAUCCAAAAAUAGCAUUAACCGCGGACAGCAAAGCUAGCUCUAAAUCAGCUCAACUGAAAAAUCAACCAACGCUGGACACUCUUAGCUUAGCAAAGCUAUCUCCCAAUUCAGAGCGAGCUAAGAAAAUAACACAAUCUAUCACGUACUUCAUCUGCAAAGACCUGCGUCCUUACAACAUUGUGGAAAACGACGGCUUUUCUUACAUGAUCAAGACGCUGGAACCCAGGUAUGUGAUACCAUCACGACGUUUUUUUGCGGACACAGCCGUACCCAAUCUCUACAUAGAUGUGAAGCGUAAAGUUGAGGAAAGUUUGAGCACAGCAGAAAGGGUUGCAUUAACUUGCGACGCAUGGACCUCACGGGCUGUGGAUUCAUAUGUGACUAUAACAGCUCAUUAUCUCACAGCGGACUGGCGACUGCUGUCUUACGUUCUCCAAACUCGAACAUUACAUGAAAGUCACACCGGGGCGAACAUUGCAAAUCUCCUGCAAAAUGCAGCACAGGAAUGGGGGAUUGCCGACAAAAAUCUGGUGGUUGUCACCGACAAUGCUUCUAAUAUGACAAUUGCCACUCAGCUAGCGGGAUACCUGCAUGUGAAGUGUUUUGCCCAUACGCUCAAUCUGGCAUCACAACGAGCCUUAAACCUGCCUGCAGUAGCCAGGGUCUUGGGGAGAGUGCGGCGCAUAACUGGGUUUUUCAAUAGAAGCACAGUGGCAAACCACGCUCUGGAGCAAAAACAGAAAAUGUUACAGCUCCCGACUCACAAGCUCAAGACCGACGUCUGCACGAGAUGGAACAGUGCUUAUGACAUGCUCCAGCGUUUCCUUGAACAACAACCUGCGAUUUGUGCAGCGCUGCUGUCUCCCGAAGUCAGAAAGAGUAGCACAGAUAUCUUUACUAUAAAUGAGAUGGAUAUUGGGAACACUGAAGAAAUUGUCCGGGCCUUGAAGUCAAUGCAAGUCGCGACUACUGUGAUGUCUGAGGAAAAGAAUCCUACUCUGUCUCUCGUAGCACAGCUGCUAGCACAGCCCUUGCAUGACACCCAAGACAACAUUGGUGACACAGUGCUGGUCAGAAACAUCAAGCAAAGUAUCAGUCAAGAUCUUAAGAAGAGAUAUGCCAGCACAGUCGAGAGGAACACCCUCUACACAGCAUCAGCUCUCGACCCACGCUUUAAAACCCUGCCGUUCCUGUCACUGGAGGAAAGACAGGAAACCUAUGCCAGAGUGGUUGCUGAGGCUAUAACCCUUCAGGAAGAAAAGAGGCAGCAGCCCAUCUCUGAGCCAGAAGCCCAUGAACAUCAUGAGAAACCUGACGAGACUGAACAAAAUCCCAGACCCCCUCUCAUACCAGCCAAGAUGAGGAAGUCUUGUGGGUUAACAGACUUGCUUGGUCAGACUUAUGGUGAUGUUGGAGCCCCACCAAAAUCAUUAUCUGCCACAGCUGAGGAGGAGGUGAAAAGAUACCAGGAGGUCACACCACUAGCACUCACAGAAGACCCACUAAGCUGGUGGAAAUCCCAUGAGGAAGUCUAUCCUUUCCUGGCCACAUUGGCAAAAAGAUACCUUUGUAUCCCAGGUACUAGUGUCUCAGCUGAAAGAGUCUUCUCAACCGCUGGAGACAUCGUCACAGCUAAACGGAGCACUCUGACUUCAGACCAUGUUGAUCAGCUCCUUUUUCUGAGCAAGAAUGCUGACAUUGCUUCACUGUCCAAAUGUGUUUAACUUUUUAGGGCAGCAACAAACAGGACAGUUUACUUAUUUUAAUUUAAGAAAUGUUUUAUUUUAUUUAAAUUUAAAACUUUUUUAUUUAAUGUAAAAUUAUAUUUUGUUUUAAGCUAUAAUUGU